AUGCCUCCAAAGAUUCAACAAUCCAAGGCAGCUAAGGCUGCUGCCGCUCUUGCUGGUGGUAAGAAGUCUAAGAAGAAGUGGUCCAAGGGAAAGGUUAAGGACAAGGCACAACAUCUUGUUGUGUUGGACCAAGAGAAAUACGACAGAAUCAUGAAGGAAGUGCCAACAUACAGAUUCGUUUCCGUUUCUAUUUUGGUUGACAGAUUGAAGAUUGGUGGUUCUUUGGCCAGAGUUGCUCUCAAGCAGCUUGAGGAGGAGGGUAUCAUCAAGCCUGUGUUGAAGCACUCCAAGCAAUACAUUUACACUCGUGCUACUGCCGAGUAG